AUGUCUUACAGAACGACAUUUGCCACCUACCCAUCUCUUGCUAAUGAUGAUUUCCUCCUGAAGGGCCUGGAUCCAGGGCCUGUUGAAACCUUUUCUCCCGGUACCUCAGCCCAUGUUCCUAGCAGGGUACAGCUACGCAAUGUCAAGCCGAUCGCCUCCUAUUCGUGGGUCGACGGGACAACACCUAGUAUCGCCGUUCCAGGAUAUCCACGAAUAUGGAAGAACACCACCGUUACAACCGUUCCGGCCGACUCGGGUAUCCAUUAUGUCAAUCACAACGCGUUGCGCAUGGGGCAUCACUCCCUUUUCAUACCCAUAUUUGCUGCCAUCGACUCACUGAAUGACGACUUCCAGUACCGUGACGUAGACCUCAUCACGGACAGGAGUAACCUACGCAAAUUGUUACGUUGCGUCGACCAACAACAUCACAAGACCUUUCGCAUUGACCUUGACUUGCUAGGGAAUGCAUGUCUCCUUACAUGCUGUGAAGAAGCCUGGGUAGUGACUAUUGAUAAAUUCUGUGGAUACGGCCACGAGUACGAGCUAGCUGCAACCAAACCACGACGUGGUUCCGAGGACAACAUAAGUCACCAUUGCAUCAUUACCUACGAUUUCGGGGGAAUCAAAGUACUGCUUCGUUACGAAGUUGAUGCCUGUGUGGAGUUGGAAAGCGAGCAUGACUAUCUCUUUGCCUCCUCCGCAAUGAGCGUCGAGACGAGAGAAACAUCAGCAUUCCCUGAUGAUUCGGCUUACUCCAGCCAGUUUGGGAUGAAAAUAAAGUUGACUUCACCUCGCUCGGUCCUUCCUCAGUCGAGCGUAAUCGAGAUCAAGACGAGAUCAGCACGCAGAGAACUGGACUGGAAAGAAGUCUACCCUCAGUUGUACCUGUCGCAAACACCUUACUUGUAUUUGGCAAAGCACACACGUGGCACGUUUGGUCCAGUAGAGAAGGUGCAGAUCAAUAGCCAGGGGAUGAUAGCCCACACUAGGGAAGCUGAGGCUACGAUGGCUAAAUUGGAGGCACUUCUGAAUGCUAUUCUGAAGGCCGUACGUAAACAUGGCGAGGGAGUGCCACUAACAUUGGUGUAUCGGGCAGGGAAGUUGCAAUUGUAUACACGCAAGGCAGGGACUGGACAAUCUUUCGGGAAGGACAUUUUGAGCAAGUUUCAACGUGCAGCACCUACAUGA